AAGACAUGUGUCAAAACGGAUAUCAUAUUAUUUUGUAAAGUUUAAACCUAAAUCAAAGCAAUUCGAGAAAAUAUAUUAUUUAUACUUUGCUUCCUGAGAAUAAUUCUUAUAAAUUAAAAGCAAUGAAGUCUGGUUUGUUAUUAGUUUUGUGUUUUUUCAUAACUAUUUCAGCUUAUGAACUUUCUGACAUAGUGUCUGCUAGGAUUGAAAGUUGCAGGGGAUGUUCAUUAAAUCGGCUUCCUGAAGUUAAAAAGUUUAUAUUGGACGACGCCCCGUUCUACGAUCGUGUAGAAGUUAAAUUUAUUACCGGUGCUCCGCCAGAACUGAUACUGCUCGGUGAAGGCGACCAUGAACUGGAGCGCCUCCCACUGUCGCAGCUCGGACGACAAGAAUGCAAUGAACUCUUACAGACUAAAGGCUUUGCCAAAAAAGACAAGAAGUCUGAAUUCUAAUAUAUAUAAAUAGUUCAUUUAAGAUGAAAUAGGCUAUCAUUCCAUUAGUUUUGUAAGAUCAGCUAGAUUCAUAGUAAAUCAAUAAGCAAUUUGUUUUAAGAAACCUGUAUGCAGUUAUAGUGAUCAAAAUAUGAACAAAUAGUAUACAUUGAAAAGUUCUUUUAUUUCCCAUGUCAUGGUUA